AUGUCUUCUGCUGAGAUUGCGGAGGACUACAAGAGUUCAUUGGAGGAUCUAACCUCCAACGAUGGAAUGCAGAUCCGCACACUGACCGUCAUCGCCAAAGAAAAUACGGACUACGCACAGGCUAUCUCCCGAGUAUUGGAGAAUCACAUUCGGACAACACCACCGCCACAGAAGCUUCCUGCCCUCUAUGUAGCCGAUUCUAUCGUCAAGAACAUUGGGAACCCAUAUACCGGCUUCUUGGGUAGAAACAUGUAUCAGACAUUCAUGAAUGUCUAUACUUUGGUAGAUGGAAACACCCGAAAGAAGUUAGACGAGAUGCUCAACACAUGGAAGUUACCUGCUCCAGGGUCAAAGGACACACGGCCAGUCUUUCCUCCUGAAAUCACGCGCAACAUUGAGAGCGCUCUCAUCAAAGCACGUACCGCAGCUCUGCAACAGCAACAGGCCAGAGCCCAACCCGACAUCCUCGGCCGUAGUCGUGCAAGUGUGACUCCAACUGGCCGGACUAACAGCCCCAUGCCUCAAAACCACCAACAUGCCCAGAAUGGUCAUUCCACCCCAACACCUUCACUCCCGCAGAGACAGGAUCUUGAUUACCUCAAUCGAGAUGUGGACGCCCUGAUUGUUUCUGCAAAGAAAGACUUUGCUAAUAGUCCUUUUAACCCGGUUUCUCAGCAACGUUUGAAGGCGUUGGUAGAUCUUCAGGCAAUCCUACAGACGCAACAGCUCUCUCCAGAACAGUUGAAACUCGUCCGUGAUCAGGUCUCUGCACUUGCUGCAUCAAGGCCACCCUCUGUUCCUCCUAUAGCAGGUCCGAGUGGCUCGGCAGUGUCAACUCCUCCAGUAAUUCCACCCGCACCACCAGUCUCGCAACCCUUCCAGCAGCUUCUAAACUCCGGCACUCUCGCCGGACUGAUCAAAGCUACCGCUUCACGUCAGCAGCCGACCCCGCCACCACAGAUGCCUGCUGCGCUGCCUCAGAUGCCCCAGAUCCCUCAGCAGGGUAAUACUCCACAGCCAGCAGCACAGGAAAACCCCCUCAUUGCUGCACUAAGAGCUCGUGGACUUUUACCCGGUGGACCGACACCUUCCUCUCUUACGCCUUCCACUUCGACACCCGUCCCUGGGAGAACUACUUUGCCUUUCAUCUUACCUAAUGGAAUGCAAGUAACACCGCCAGCUCCGUCUCAAACCCCAAUCGCCGCCAAUGGCUCUGGAGUUCCCAUGAAGUCAGCUGCCAUGAAGAUUCCUCGGUUUGCGCUUCUCGUCUCACUUUAUGACUCCCGGCCGAACCGGUGUGGAACUUGCGGCCGUCGCUUCCUGACCACGGAUGAAGGCAAGGAAAUGAAGGCACGUCAUCUGGACUGGCAUUUCAAAACCAAUCAGCGCAUGACCGAGUCUUCCAGGCGGGCUCAGAACCGUAGCUGGUAUGUCGACGAAAGGGACUGGAUCAAAUCUCGGGAGGCUGGCGACGAAAACGGCGCUGUAGACACUCAGCCCACCACUGAAGGGACUGCAGGUGUUGAUGGCAAUGCUAAGCAAGAGCCGCCUAAGCCGUGGAUUCGAGCACCGAAUGAUGCUACUCUCCGCAACACUCCUUGUCCCAUCUGCCAGGAGAAGUUUGAAUCGACCUGGUCUGAGGAUGUCCAAGACUGGAUCUGGCAAGACGCCACCAAGGUUGGAAGCAGAGUAUAUCACGCUAGCUGCUACGCGGAAGUUACUAAAGGUCCUGCACCGACGAGCCAGCGCACAGGCACACCCGACUCAGUGUUGGGCAAGCGCAAAGCUGAAGGGACGGAAUCACCAGGCCAUAAGACACGCAUCAAGACCGAGCCCGCUUAA